UCCCUCCCUCUCCCUGGGUGUCCCUCGAUCCUGGGCCCACCAUGGGAGGAUGCUUCUCCAAACCCAAACCAGUCGAAGUUAAAGUGGAACUCUCUCUCCUGGAAAAAGAAAAAGAGGUGGACGGGCUGUCACCUAAUGGUAAAGCGAGUCCCUUUGCUGACUGCAGACCUAACGGGGCCCUGGGACACGGCUCUGAUGACGACUCCACCCCGCUCCCCCCCUACCACAAACCACGGGACUACGUGGAGGCCUCGGUCUGUCAUGUUAAAGAUCUGGAAAAUGGACAGAUGCGAGAGGUUGACUUGGGAAGUGGCAGAGCUUUGUUGAUCAAAGAGCACGGGGAGUUCUCGGCCAUGGGCCACAAGUGUCCACACUACGGAGCUCCCCUGGUCAAAGGUGUGCUGUCAAAAGGACACGUGCGCUGUCCCUGGCACGGUGCAUGUUUCAACAUUGCAACAGGAGACAUCGAGGACUUCCCCGGUCUGGACAGCCUGCCUACCUUCCAGGUCAGAGUUGAAAAGGACAAGGUGAUCAUUCGUGCAAACAAGCAGGCUCUUCAGUCACAGAAAAGGUCAAAGCCCAUGGCUCGAUGUUCAGCAGUCAUUAACUCCAGCACUGGCUUCAGCCAUGUUCUCAUCAUCGGCUCAGGUCCGGCAGGUCUGGUGUGUGCAGAGACUCUGAGGCAAGAGGGCUUCACAGAUCGCAUCGUCAUGUGCACCAUGGACAGACAUCCUCCCUAUGACAGGCCUAAACUGAGUAAGUCCCUAGACAGCACAGCAGAGCAGCUGAGACUGCGCUCCAUGGACUUCCUGCAGGACCAUGACAUUGAACUGCUCACAGAGAAAGAGGCUGUGGCAAUAGAUGUGAAAACACGAUCUGUGACCUUUGAAGACGGCUUGAGGAUGGAGUACAGGAAACUCUUUAUUGCUACAGGAAGCAAACCCAAACCAAUGAACUACAAAGGCAAAGACGUCAGGAACGUGUUUCACCUCAGGACGCCUGAGGAUGCUAACAGCAUAGCAAGGCUGGCCAACAACAAGAACGCUGUGAUUGUGGGAACAUCAUUUGUUGGUAUGGAGGUGGCUGCAGCUCUAACUGACAAGGCCCACUCGGUCUCUGUCAUCGGGAUCGAGUCAGUCCCCUUUAAAAAAGCUCUCGGGGAGAAAGUAGGGAAAGCCAUAAUGAAGCUGUUUGAAGCAAACAGGGUGAAGUUCUACAUGUUGAACGAGGUGUCAGAGAUGAUUGGCCAUCAUGGACAGCUGAAAGAGGUUGUUCUGAAGAGUGGAAAAGUCCUGCGGGCAGACGUGUGUGUCAUCGGAGCAGGAAGUGUUCCUGCAACAGGCUUCCUGAAACAGAGCGGUCUCCACAUGGACUCCAAGGGCUUCAUCACUGUCAACAAGAUGAUGCAGACAAACGUUGAUGGGGUCUUUGCGGGAGGAGAUGUGGUGAUGUUUCCUUUCCCGCCACGCAACAACAAGAAGGUGAACAUCCCUCACUGGCAAAUGGCUCAUGUACACGGAAGGGUGGCGGCGCUCAGCAUUAUGGGCCGAGCCACUGAGAUCAAAACUGUGCCUUACUUCUGGUCAGCCAUGUUUGGGAAGACCAUACGUUAUGCAGGUUAUGGUGAUGGAUUUGAUGAUGUCAUUAUACAAGGAGAUCUGGAUGAGCUGAGAUUUGUAGCGUUUUAUACCAGGAGUGAGGAGGUGGUUGCUGUCGCCAGCAUGAACUAUGAUCCCAUUGUAUCCCGAGUGGCAGAGGUCUUAGGAUCCGGAAAGACGAUUAAGAAACGAGAUGUGGAGACUGGAGACAUUUCUUGGUUGAUUGACAAAGGCUCUCAAUGACUUCACAUCUGAAGGUCCCAAAGGAC